UCCUUUUUCAUUUUUACUCUGACAUACAGAAAGCACAUAUACUACAUCACGUCAGACAUAAGAAGUACGUGAAAACCAAAGAAUGUAUCCCAUAACUGUGCCAGGCUUAACACAACUUGUUCUGGACAUCAAACACCACAUUGCCGUUUGCUGUUUGUUUGUAGUUUUAUCAAAACUAUUCGAAAUGGCAGCUUGUAAAGUCAGGAAGUUCACACGUCAAAUGACGGAGUCAAAUGACGGGGGGAAGGCCAAAUGCAAAGUACAGACAGGAUCUAAGAGACCGCAGCCUAGGUCUGAAUCUGCCUGCCGCCAAAAACCGAAACGGACACGCACAGCUACUGGAACUAAAGACACAAUGCCGAAAGAGACGACAGACAUAAUUAGCAAGGUGUCUCAAAGUGCUAACGAAGGCCGUAAAAGUGUUAAAAAAGUCCGAG